UUGCGGACCGUCUGCAGGCUGCGGCUCGGUAGGGGCUGGGCUGAUGACAGCAUCCUCCGCCGCUCGGCAGUCCACACCUGACCGCCUCCAUCAGAUGCACCGAGGAUGGAGCUCUCUACGCUGCUGGGUUAUCCUGUUGCCACCAUUUCACACAUCCACUGUCCGACACAUGUCCUCCAGAUGCCGUGAGAGAUUCACCUGGGUUCAUUUAGCCGGUGGUUUUUCAUUUUUAUGAUUCAUUUUGCGCUCCCUUUCGUCUACUCGUCUCAGUGGUCGGAUCGAGGUGCUCUCUUUGUUUUCCUGGAAAAAAACGAACAGCAGUGGACUGAAGCUGCGUCGCUGGUAAACACCAGAAAUGGGUGUCAUUGAACCACUCUCGGUUCGCUUUUGGACCGGAUUUUUGCUUUUCUUAUGACAAAUCAUCUGCCCAAUCCUGGUUCCUACGAGUUGCUACACUGAGCAGGCUUCAGUCAAGCAAACAAAUGAUCCAAUCAAUAGCCUCUGGACAGAGUCUGCCAUAGGGAGGAUAUCAAUAACACGCUAAUACACUUGACACACAGACAGACACACACACACACACACACAAACACCAAACACACACAAACACAUACAUAGGCCAUGGCGCUGGAGACCUCGGUGUUCCCCUCCCUCCCGGAUUCUCUUUCGCUCCCUGUGGAGGAGAAGGGGGAAGGGGACGAUGUGGAGGUGGCCGCCGACGCCACCGGAGUCUUCAACCUAUCGGAGGAGCUGGGCCAAAUCGUCACCACGGAGACGCCAUCAACCCCUCCGCUGUUAGCCAAGGUCAACAGGUCUUUCCAGGCCAAGUUGGCGGAGCGAAAUGCCCAAGCCAAUGAGCCCAGGAAGAAGGUCGUGCAGGAGAAGGAGAGGGGACGCUUCGGCUGGGCCCGGGCUCGGCGUAAGAGACAGCGCUACGUGGAGAAGAACGGUCGCUGUAACGUGUCGCACGGUAACAUGCGGGAGACUUACCGCUACCUGACCGACAUCUUCACCACGCUGGUGGACCUCAACUGGCGCUCCUCGCUCUUCGUCUUCGUCAUGGCCUACGCCGUCACGUGGCUCUUCUUCGGGGCCAUCUGGUACCUCAUAGCCUAUUUAAGGGGGGAUCUGGACCAUCUGGAGGAUGAUACGUGGACGCCGUGCGUCCACAACGUCAACAGCUUCAUCUCCGCCUUCCUCUUCUCCAUCGAGACGGAGACCACCAUCGGAUACGGCCACCGUGUCAUCACAGACAAGUGUCCAGUCGGCACCAUGCUGCUGCUGCUGCAGGCCAUCCUGGGGUCCAUGGUCAACGCCUUCAUGGUGGGCUGUAUGUUUGUGAAGAUCUCGCAGCCCAACAAGCGAGCGGAGACUCUGGUGUUCUCCAAACACGCCGUCAUCUCUCUGAGAGACGACAAGCUCUGCCUGAUGUUCAGGGUGGGCGACCUGCGCAGCUCUCACAUCGUAGGGGCCAACAUGAGGGCCAAACUCAUCAAGUCCAAACAGACCCAGGAGGGUGAGUUCAUCCCUCUGGACCAGACGGACAUCAGCGUGGGCUUUGAGACGGGCGAUGAUCGUCUCUUCCUGGUCUCUCCGCUGGUCAUCUCCCAUGAGAUCGACUCAAAUUCCCCGUUCUGGGACAUGUCUCAGUCCCAGCUGCAGAAGGAGGACUUCGAGAUCGUGGUCAUCCUGGAGGGAAUGGUGGAGGCUACCGGCAUGACGUGCCAGGCGAGGAGCUCCUACCUAGCGGACGAGGUGAUGUGGGGUCACAGGUUCAGCCCCAUGAUGCUGCUGGCAGAGGGCUUCUUCGACAUCGACUACGGAGCCUUUCAUCACACCUUUGAGGUGACCACGCCCUCCUGCUCGGCACGAGAUAUCUCAUUGGCUGCAGCCAGACUGGACGCUCACCUGUACUGGUCCAUCUCCAGCAGGCUGGACGAGGAGCCAACGCUGACCAAUGAGGCGUCCAGGCAGCCGGACAGCGUCUCGGCCAAUAGCAAAGCAGGAGAGCCCAUCUUCAUCGUGGGGGAGAUGACGGACAUCCAGGAGCAAACGGGACAGGGCGAGCUGAACGGCAGCGUCGCCACCGUCCAAUCAGAAUCAGAGGCCUAGAAUAGACAAUGUUUACAAAGACCUGAAGUAUAUCACCACCUCACCACUUUUAGUGUUUGCAAAUCUUUUCUCUCCAGGCGAAUGAGUAGUUUCAUUAGGCCUAGUUCUAUGGUAUAUGCCAUAUCUUAUGUUACCAUAUGAAGGAGUUUCUUUCUUGAUAUUCUUUUGUCUUUUAUUUCUAUGUUGAUCUUUGUUACAAGUGUACUAUAUGUGUGCUAUCUUUUUUUUUCUCCGAUUUGUUGUGUUAGAUCACCCUUGCCUAUAUCUACAUUUAAAUGACAAUACUAUGCUUUAGGUAGGGUCAACAACAGUAUAACGUGUGGACCAUGGCAGAAUGUGGAACAAGAUAAGAAGGGGGUUGUUUGUGCAGAGUCACGAAAGUGGAUUGUUCACAUUUAAAAUAGGUACGGUGCAUAGACGCUUUAAUUUCACCUGUGCAUGAAUAUCACUAGAAGGAUAGACUGAAAUUGUUGUAACCUCAAAUCUCUUUAGAAAUGCAAAGAUGGUUAGAAAAUGUAUUGUACAUCAAUCAGGUGUUACAGGGUGGGAAAGUAACACCAGCCCACCACUUACAUUUGGCCCCAAACCCUCUUGUGGUGCUAGAAAAAGUUUAAAAUAUCUAUUUGGCUGACAAAAGAUUAUAAAAGUGGCCAGACAACAAAGCUGGUUUCCUUCCCUGGGUGUAAACAAGUUAUUGUCUUAUAUAGGCCCAGAGUAUUAUGUUAUUUGUUCUUAAAGAAAUACUUCACCCCAAAAAAUAUAAUUUUUACAUCAAUUAUUCACCCAAAAGGAAACCGUUUUCUCACAUGCCUAUAUGGUGAACGAAGGAUCCAAAAUGUAUGAUAAAUUGAGGUCUCUCAAACAACAUAUGCAGUUUAAUCUAAGUUUAAUUGAUUCAGUCGUAUGCUCACUUCUUCCUAAACACAUGCAUUUCACUAAAACCGUAAACAAAUUUAGCGCAGACAUGCAACUUCUAAAGUGUUUCAAAUAUAACGAUUUUAGUGAAAAUGCUGGGAAUGUUUGGGAAAAAGUGUAGUGUACGACUGAACAAAUCAACUCUACAGGUUGUGUGAGUUUAUUAACAAAUGUUCAGAUAAUGUUAUUUAACGCAGAACAAAUUCGAUUCAAUUCAUUGAGAUUUUUCUCUCCGUUUUUGGAUUCUUUAUAUUGGUAGUUAAUUGAUACACAAAUGAUCUCUUUUGGGAUGAAGCGUUCAAUUAUCACCAGGCUGAUUAACCACUAAAAAUGCCCAACAGCGAUGUCACUGAGUCCUGGAGUACACCUGUACUUCACAGCAGUACGGUGAGAAAUUAAAAUACUGGGAAAAACAGAUUUAAGUUACUAUUUAAUGACAUUUGCUGACUUUCCUAUCUGCACUCUCCCAUCAUGGUGACUAGGGGUAUCUAUCUAAAACCAGGUGAACACUCAGAGUGUCUGUGGCUUCGUUUCAUAUACGGCGUGUGUAGCACAAGGAUUAUCUGUGUUCUGUUCCCAGCCAAGUAGAAAUUAAAAAGCACAACAGUGUCCUGCUCAGUCCGGCCCAAACUCCUGCUUCUGCUGCUGUGUAUAUAUGUGGCCAUUUUUACUUCGUGUUUUUAAUAUGUAAUAUAACAUAUGAAUUAUAAUUAAUAAACUGCAGUAUAUUCCAGAAACAA